CAAAAGCUGCAUUUCUAUUGGUCCGUCACUGUAAGUCCCGCCUCCUUCAGGACAGCAUUAAUAGCAGAGAGGCUCUCAGUGAACAACAAACUUCAACAAUACAUCCGCAAAAAUGAUCAACUGGAAGGCUUUGGAUAAUGUCCCCGUACUCCUGUACAUCCUGGCCCUGAAGACACUGCUGCUGUGUUUGGCGUUCGCUGGGGUGAAGAUCUACCAGGGUAAGAAAGUAGAAGAAGCUCUGAAGAAGGAGCAGGCUGAGAAGAGGAGGCUCGCCCAGCAGACCCAGGACCUCUUGGACAAUUUGGCCAAUGACGACAUAGACAACAAGAAGGAGGACUAAACAGGAGAGAAGCUGCUCUACACAGGAACUGCUGGGAAAUGUGUCACUGACCUGAGGAACAAGCCAUUUUCCCCCCACAUAUGAUCCAGAUGUCUGACUGUGGGCAGCAGCAAACUGCUUGUGGAAUCAGUACCUGUUUUUUACACAUAUAUAUAACUUUAUGUAAAUGUUUGACUCAACAAAGUUUUUAUACAAUUAAAUUACAACACUGAAGUGAGACUGGCAUGAGGGACUGUUUUGUAAUUUUAAACAGUUAUGAACUCCGUAAAAGAACUAUAUAUUGAAUUAGUUUCAUUUGGUACAAUGGAAUAGAGGUAGGAUCAAAGCUUGUCAAAUCUGCUUAUUUUUAAGAACACAGCAUGGUAUUUAUUCUGUUAUAUUCCUUGUAAAUGGGAACCAGCUUUGUGACUAUAUUAAAUAGUUUGUUCCACGUGCUACAA